AAAGCGAACGAAAACGAAUCGACGCGAAAGAAAAGUCAAUCCUCGGUGUAAGUGAUGCCAAUCUUCACUAAAAAGUUCUCGCCAAAGGUGGCACCGCCACGAACCCAACGCUUGAACAUAGGAUGCCCACCGCAGCAGGAAGAUCUCGACGACUUCAAGACCAUCCGGUUGAACCUGCUGGAUAAGCAGCUGUGCUUCGUGGACGGCGUGUGGAUGAGUGCGAUCAAAGCGACGGGAACGGGUGCGGCAGCUCCCGGGGGUGCUCUUUCCACAACCGCAAUCGAUGAUCUGCUCAAGAUGAAACGAAGAAUCAAAACUUUGGAGCAGGAGAAUAAUCUCUACCAGGUGAAGCUGGAUGUGCUGCUAGACUUGCUGACGGAGAAUGUAAUUGAAUUGAACGCGAUGAAAGGUCAAUAAAAAUAAAUCGAGAUUGA